AAAACCAGAAAAUAAACAAGCAUCGGCUUCAGAAUCGAUUCAUAAACCGCCACAUGCGGAUGCAAAAUCCACAAAUAGCCAGAACGAAAGAGAACAAUUUGUUAUUGCGGUGAUCGAAUUUUAUUCAAACAAACAAGUUUUCGAAAUUAAAAAAAAAAAUAGGAAUCAAAAUCAAAAAACCUACCACACGCAAUUAAAUAAAAGAAAAAGUUCAAAUUAAAGGGAAUUAGCCUGGUGAAUAAAUUAUGCAAAAAUAAUAAAUAAAUUCUAAUCAAAAAAAAAAAGAAAAAGAUAUAUGUAUUUGAUGAGAAUAUAGACGCGUGCCACGAUCGAUUUAAAUAAAGGCUUCCCGUAACUUGUCUCGUGACGCGUUUGCGGCUAUUUUUUGUGGCUCGUAACUCGAAACUGGUCGACAAGUCCGACCUUGACACUCACUUUUCUAAACAAUAACCGCAGAUCCGAGACCAUUUUUUCGGUCUCUUUUUUGGCCAGCAUCGUCUUCUUUCUCGGCUGGCUGUUGGUCUGGCUUUUAGUCUUCCGCCGGAUCGGAGAUGGAGCGCACGGAACGCGCCUGAGCUUUAAUUAAAUAUUGUGAUUUCCAAAGUGCCGACACUAAAUAAAAAAAAAUAAGCUAAUCAUUCCCACUAAGCUCUCGAAUCGGUUGCAUAAUCGUUUCAAGUGCAACGUGCAAACAAUUAAACAAACCUACUACACAAAAAGUGCAUAAAAAAAGCAAAUAUUAAAAAAAAAGAAAAAACAGGAGAAAAAAACGUGUGCUGGUCCAUGCAACUGCAUAUUUUAAUACAUAAUUGGCCAGUUGAGUGAACAAAGAGCUAGUGGAUUGCAAAAAAUGUGGCAGGGAAUCGUGUGCAGCUUGACUUUAUGUCUCAUCGGUCUGGCGGAUCUUGGCCUCGCCAACAACCUGGCCGGCUACGAAGGUUACACAAAAUACACAGUGCAACAUGGAGGCGAGGAUGCCUUCCGCUAUAUGGUGGACCUGCAGACAAAUGAUGCGGACCUGGACUUCUGGCUCCUGACCAGGAACACCUCAGUGCUGACAGUCAGUCCUCGUAAGAAGAACCAGUUCGAGGCACGUCUGUCCAGUCUGGGAGUCAGUUUCGAAAUGCAGCCCCUCAUGGAGCUGAUGGCCGCCCUGAAGGCGAACAGUUCCUACGCCGAAGAGGAUUAUGAUGGAGAGUACGAGGAGUGCCAGCAGGACGACUGCGGGGAUUCCCAGCGUCCUCGACGACGAUCUCGCCGCCAGGCUAGAGGCUUCUUUUCGCACUAUCCACGUUACAACGAAAUCCUGAGCUUCAUGAGCGGUCUGGCCGCCAGGUAUCCUCAGUUCUGCCGCUACGAGUCCCUGGGUCGUUCCAAUGAGGGUCGUCACAUCGCCGCGCUGUCGAUUUCCCUGAACAGCAGAGUUCGUCACCGACGAGUGGCCUACAUCCAGUCAGCUACCCACGGCAGGGAGUGGAUCACCACCCAGACUGUCCUCUACUUGGCCUACGAACUGCUCAGCAAUCUGCGCGCCUUCCAGCGAGUCCUCCAGGAUGUGGAGGUCUUCCUAGUGCCUCUCGUGAAUCCCGAUGGCUAUGAAUACACACAUACCUCGGAUCGUUUUUGGCGCAAGAACCGUCAUCGUUAUGCCGGCCAUGCUUGCUCCGGCGUGGACAUCAAUCGAAACUUUGGAAACCAUUGGAACUAUCAGGGUGCCAGCCAGAACCUCUGCUCAGAGGUUUAUUCCGGAACGUCGCCCAACUCCGAACCGGAAACGUCCGCUGUAGUGCGAUAUCUGGAAUUCAAUCGGCAUCGUGUGAAACUCAGCCUGGAUGUUCACUCAUUUGGCAAAUUCAUUUUUUAUCCCUACGGCUAUGCGAAAAAUACCGUACCCCCCACGGUGGGAACACUCCGUUCAGUGGCUCUGAGGGCGGCCAACCAGAUCGCCAAGUACCGGGGCACCCACUACACCACCGGCACCUCCGCCUCCAUUUUGUACGAGGCCUCCGGUAGUUUGGACGACUAUGCCUACGGCAACCUGGGAAUCCCACUCUCCUACACGAUCGAGCUGCCCGGUGAUGAGUUCCACGUGCCGGCCCACGACAUCAUCCACGUCUGCAAGGAGACAUUCGCCGGAUUCGUGGAGUUCAUCCGCCAUGUCAGCCUAUAUUGAAUACAAACUCUCGUAUUUCCACUCUGUUUAAGGAAUUGAAUUUAUUGUUUGUUAAUAUAAACUAAUUAGUGAACUCGUUGUUAAGCAUUAAAGACAUGAAUAUUGAAAAGAAAUG